AUCGAAAGUUAUCUUCUGUAUUUUUGCCGGAGUAAAGUCAUUCAAAAACCCCUAAAUGGAAACCUGGUUCUGGAUUCUUGGCUGGUCUCUUUCCAUCUUAACCAUAGCUGGAAAUGGAUCUAUCAUCUUCCUUGUUUGCAGACGGCGGCGGCUUCGAACUAAAAGCAACGCGUUUGUCGUUUCACUUGCUGUGGCGGAUUUCUGUGUUGGGCUGAGUGCUGUUCCCUCACUUUUUGUCUGCGAGAAGACAAAUGGAUGCGAUCCUGAAGCCCCUUUUGCCGACUGGGUGGAUUAUCUAAGGUGGCUGUUUACAUAUGCGUCUGUAACAAACUUAUGUAGUUUAGUCCUGGAUCGCUUCAUUGCUGUUGUGAAGCCUCUCAAAUAUUUAUUGUUCAUGACACGCAAACGUGUUUCUCAGUUGAUUUUCCUUUCUUGGAUACUGUCAAUUCUUCUUGUCUGUCCCUAUGUGUUAAUGUGGCUCGUUUUUAACGACAGUCGUUCUCUUUUCUUAAUUUCUUUUUGGAUAUUAAUGAUUUUAGAGAUCCUGUCGUGCUGCAGUCUCAUUUUUUACUUUGGUUCAAUGUUACAUGUUGUUUAUAAACACGAACGAGCCGCUCGUAUCUUAGCAAAACAACUCCGCUUCAAUCAUCGAUAUUUGCGCAAAAACGAGGAGAAGUCGGCUGUGAAAUUGAUGGUCAUUGUUAUUGGCCUGUUUCUUGUUUGUUGUGCAUGCUAUCUGCGAUGUAGUCUUGUAUACAUAAUGAAAGUCGAACAACCAUGUAAUGAUAAAAGAUUCAAGUUGCCUCUGUUUGUUUUAAACUCUGCCAUCAACCCAGUUGCUUACGCUUUCUUCAAGAGGGACAUAAAAGAGGAAGUAGAACAAUGCAUUUGCUGUGUGAUCCGGAAGAAGAGAAACAACAUUGAACCACUUAAUGACUCAAGACUUUUUCCAAAUUAAUAGUUUUGAUCAUGUCAGACACGCAUCUCGUUUAGUACAAAGUAAUGCUGUUAAACCAUAACAAGAUUCACUCUGUAGAGUUUACAGUUUAUGCAAAUCAAACAGAUAUGCAAUAUUCCGAGCUAAAAUGGAAUACAUUAGGGAGAAUAUUCAUACUAACAGUUAGUGUAGAAGAAUAACUCUGACGGGAAGCAAGACCGAAUGAGAACAAAGGGGGAGUGUUCAUCUGCAGCUGGUAAACGUUUUCCAUUAUGAUUUAAACAGACAAAAUGCAAUAGGAAGUAAAAUCAAGUUUUUCAC